AAAAAAUUCGAUGUCAAGCUGACACAAACAAAACAAAAACAAAAAACAGCUGAGUAGAACAAAAUAAAAGCGCGUGUGCGAAUAAAGACAACUACAAAAAGCAGCAUAAAAAAACUGAUAUACACAAAAAUAAAAGUACAGCACGGAAAAAUUUCAUUGGCAGCCGAACAAAGCAACAACGCGUAACGUAAGAGCAGCCGCUGUUUACGUAAUUUACAGAGAUUCCAAAGAGCGCAGCAGAACAACGUGCAAAAAGUUUCAGUUAACAGACAGGAGCUUUGACGUAAUUGAGUUGACCAAAGAGCGAGAGUGCCAGUUUGACAGACAGGAGCUUUUACGUGAUUUAGAGAGAGACAGUUACAAGAUGAGCAGUUCCGUAUUGAGCAUGGCCCGGCCAAGUGCCACCAGUGCCACCAAUAACUGUGCCACAGCCACAGCAACGCUGCUGGCCAAGCAAUUGAAUGCCGCAUUGGCCGGUAACAAGAGAGAGACAGCAACAACAACAACAUCGGCGGUCGUGAAUCCUCCCAAGCAACCGCUGCAGGCAGCAAAGAUCAUACAACAAUCGCAUGUUGUUUGUUUUGAUGUGGAUUCCACGGUUAUCUGUGAGGAGGGCAUCGAUGAGCUGGCCGAAUUCUGUGGCAAGGGCAGCGAGGUGGCACGUGUCACCAAGGAAGCAAUGGGUGGCAGCAUGUCCUUUCAGGAUGCACUCAAGAUACGUUUGAACAUUAUACGCCCGACACAAAAGCAGGUGGAUGAGUUUAUCAAGCAGCGUCCCAGCACAUUGAGUCGCAAUGUCAAGCGUUUAGUGGCACAACUCAAAGCGGACGGCAAACAGGUGUUUCUCAUCUCAGGUGGCUUCGAUUGCCUGAUAGCACCGGUUGCCAACGAGUUGGGCAUACCCUUAACCCACAUGUAUGCCAACAAAAUGCUGUUCGAUUACAAAGGCGACUACGAUAGCUUCGAUAUCACACAACCCACUUCAAGAUCCGGCGGCAAGGCGGAGGCGAUUGGCAUGAUUAGAAAACGGCUGGCGAUAGAUGGCGCUCUAAUUACUAUGGUUGGCGAUGGUGCCACCGAUUUGGAGGCUGUGCCGCCAGCAAACAAUUUCAUUGGCUAUGGCGGCAAUGUGGUGCGACCAGAAGUCUACAGACGCGCCCAGUAUUACAUAACGGACUUUGAACAGCUGAUGUGAGCGGGAGCUGAAGCUGGAAAGUUGUCACUCUCUCUCUCUCUCUCUCUCUCUCUCAGCGCGAGAGAAAGGAACAGGGAGAGAGCGCAAGGAAGAGAGAGCUCCUCUGCGAAUUUAGUAUUGCAAAACGGCGUGUUAUAGUUUAUAUUAAGCAGUAUAAAUAAAACUACAUAUUAAUAUUAUACAUUCUACAUAUACUCUAAUAUGUUCAUGUGUGCGUGCAUUAGUUUAUAGUCACUUUGGUAAACAAUAAAAGCGAUAGUAAAGUUAAACUAUGAAAUAAUAGAAAAAAAA